GAAACAGCAAGCAACCCAAGCGCCGCAGAGUCUCAGGCAGCCCAGCUCCCGGCCCGCCGAGUGAUUCUGUACAGAGGAGUCGGUAGACUACAACUCCCGACAGCCCCAGUUCCCGCCCAAGACACGCAUGCGCUCUGUCUACUGAUGCCGCCAUUUUGUGAAGCAGGGCUCGGAGUGAUUAAACGGUGAGCUGGUUUCCAUCGGGCGCCUCCGGUCCUGUUCCCCGCUGGCACUGUAAUCUGGAUCACUGGAAUCUGUCUGAAAAGCAGAAAAAAACUGAGAAAAAGCAGCCCGGGGGAGUUCGUUUAAAAUGGAAGGGGAAAUGGCAGAAGCCAUUGAAGAUUCGGAGUCCUUUAUGAAAAGGAAGGAAACAAAAACCUAUCAGAGACGUCGAGAUGGAGGUGGAGAUGAAGAUGGCUGUGUUAUAAUGCAAAGUCAGGCUGAAGUUGGUGAUGUUAAUAGCAAUGUUCAAAUGGUUAUGAUGGAACAGCUUGAUCCGACAAUCCUGCAGAUGAAAACUGAGGUACUGGAAGGUGUAGUUCCCCAAGAUGGAGAUUCUACUGUGGAUGAUACACAGAUUAUAACUUUGCAAGUUGUUAAUAUGGAGGAACAGCCAAUUAACCUGGGAGAACUUCAACUUGUCCAGGUGCCUGUAGCUGUUCCUGUUUCUGCUACAUCUGUUGGGGAGCUUCAUGCAGUUUAUGAGAAUGAGGUGUCCAAAGAAGGCCUUCCAGAAGGAGAGCCUAUGAUCUGUCACACAUUGCCUCUCCCAGAGGGCUUCCAGGUUGUUAAGGUUGGGGCAAAUGGUGAAGUGGAAACAUUAGAACAAGCAGAACUUCACUCACCAGAAGAAUCUACCUGGCAGAAGGAUCCAGAUUAUGCACCACCUGUCAAGAAGAUGAAAAAGACAAAAAAAAGUAAACUACGCUACACAGAAGAAGGGAAGGACGUAGAUGUGUCUGUUUAUGACUUUGAAGAGGAACAGCAUGAAGGAUUGCUUUCUGAUGUUAAUGCAGAAAAAGUGGUUGGAAACAUGAAGCCUCCAAAACCAACAAAAAUUAAAAAGAAAGGUGUAAAGAAGACUUUCCAAUGUGAGCUUUGUAGUUACACUUGUCCCAGACGUUCAAACCUUGAUCGUCAUAUGAAGAGUCACACUGAUGAACGACCUCACAAAUGCCACCUUUGUGGUAGAGCUUUUAGAACUGUUACCUUGCUUAGGAAUCACCUCAAUACUCACACAGGUACUAGACCUCAUAAGUGCCCAGACUGUGACAUGGCCUUUGUGACCAGUGGCGAAUUGGUCCGACAUCGCCGUUACAAACAUACACAUGAGAAACCUUUUAAGUGUUCAAUGUGUGAUUAUGCUAGUGUUGAGGUAAGCAAGCUGAAGCGACACAUCCGAUCACAUACUGGGGAGCGCCCUUUUCAGUGCAGUUUGUGCAGCUAUGCUAGCAGAGACACCUACAAACUGAAGAGACACAUGAGAACCCACUCUGGUGAAAAACCAUAUGAGUGUUACAUUUGCCAUGCUCGCUUUACACAAAGUGGGACUAUGAAAAUGCAUAUAUUACAAAAGCACACUGAAAAUGUGGCUAAAUUUCACUGUCCUCAUUGUGAUACAGUUAUUGCAAGAAAGAGUGAUUUGGGGGUUCAUCUAAGAAAGCAACAUUCCUACAUUGAACAAGGCAAGAAGUGCCGCUAUUGUGAGACUGUCUUCCAUGAACGUUAUGCCCUGAUUCAGCACCAGAAGUCUCACAAAAAUGAAAAGCGAUUCAAGUGUGACCAGUGUGAAUAUGCUUGCAGACAGGAGCGUCACAUGAUAAUGCACAAACGAACCCAUACUGGAGAGAAGCCCUAUGCUUGCAGCCAUUGUGAUAAAACCUUCCGCCAGAAACAACUACUGGACAUGCACUUCAAAAGAUACCAUGAUCCUAGUUUUGUUCCUGCAGCAUUUGUUUGUUCCAAGUGUGGAAAAACUUUUACACGCAGGAAUACAAUGUCAAGACAUGCUGAUAACUGCACCGGCCCUGAUGGUACUGAUGGUGAAAAUGGAGGAGAUGGAGAAGUAGUACACAAAAAAGGGAAGCGUGGACGUAAGAGAAAGAUGCGCUCUAAAAAAGAAGGAUCAACAGAUAGUGAGGACAAUGCUGAACCAGAUCUGGAGGAGGAUGAGGAUGAUGACGAGGAUGAUGACGAAGAGGAUGACCUUCCAGUUGAGAUAGAAGCUGAACAUGACCAUGAACCAGAGCAGCCCUUAAGUCCAAUACCACCUCCUGCAAAGAAACGCAGGGGACGACCACCCGGAAAAGCAAAUCAACAAAAGCAAACUUCAGCUGUUAUUCAAGUGGAAGAUCAAAGUACUGGAGCCAUUGAAAACAUCAUAGUUCACGUAAAGAAAGAGUCUGAUAUGGAAGCAGAAGUAGUAGUAGAGGCUCCACCGCCUCCCCCUACAGUGGAUGCUCCAAAUGGAGAUCUCACUCCAGAAAUGAUCCUGAGCAUGAUGGACCGGUGAUGAUGGGCAGAAUCACUGAUUUCUCAUUGUACUGACUCAGACUGUGUUUAAAUGGCUCACUUCUAUUUUAUGGGAAAUGUUUUAAACACUUUUUUUUUUUUGCUUUCAAUUAAUUUUAAGGACUUGUUUUACCAUACCCGUACAGGGGAGAAAAGAUGCAAGGCACAUUGGCUGACCAAGGUUAACUUCUUAAAUGUUUGGAAACAGGAAAUCAUGGACAUAAUAAAGCUGCAUGUAGCUUUAAUUGCAUUUUACAGAUGUUAUUCAAGGAGGAGUAAUUACUUUCACUGUUAUAUAAUGUAUUGGCAGUGAAAUUUCAAGUGAAGAUAUUCCUAAUUUAAUUUAAAGACUGCAAAAAGUUUUUCCUUUUAUAGCCAAUCAUUUCCUUCUAAAUAGUAAUAGGCAUGUGUAACAAAACAUUAUAAACUUAAAACACAAAUGGACUACAGUACAAAAAAUUAUAUAUAUAUAUACCAGCUGCCUAUUACUUUUUGCAUAAAGUGUUGUAUGUUUGUAUUAGGGAACAUUGAAUUCUACUAAAGGCCUACCCUUUUAUUGUAACAAACAAUUAUGGUUUACAGUACUACUAGAUUGUUCCAGAGUAACACCUGAUUGCAAUAGAACAUUGUUGUCUGCCAUUAGCAUGCUUAAAGUUUAUUUUUGUUCUUUCCAAGCUCUUGCUUUGUUGUGCAAAACAUGACUUUGUAAAUAACUUUUUUAUAUAUAUUUUAAUCUUUUUCUAUCAAGAAAUUUGAAUAAUUGUGGAAAGAUGUUGUCAAAGUAAUUUUAAUUACUGACAUGGGAAAAUUUAAAUAUUGCAUAUAUUAGACUCCAAUUAUGAUUGUUUUCAAUUCUGAACUGAUAUUUCUACAUCACCCAAAUGUUUCUAAGCUAAAACAAAAAAAAAUUAACUUUUACUGAUACUUAAGCUUCAAAGUAUUCAUGUUUGGAUUCAGUGAUGUAGGCUUUUUUUUUUUUCACACAAGCCUUUUCCCUUGACAAUUUUUUUUUUUUUUUUGUCUGUAUUUAAUAACUUUAGAUUCACCUUGGAAUCAUUCAUAUAUUGUGAAAGUAUGUACACGACAUCAUGUUUAAAGACCAAUCCAUUCCUUCUCUGUAAUUUAUAUUUUCCCACUAUAUAUUGCUUUUCAAGAGUUAUCAGUUUAGAGAUUUGAAUAGGCUAAAAUGUGGGUUUUUUCCCUUUGCUGUCCUGUGUGAACUUUUUCAUUAUUUGAUGAGGCCAACGUUCAUAAAUUGUUAAGAAUAUUGUGAUGAGCAAAAAAGUAGAGGAUUUUUGAAAUGCGAAUGUACAACUGUACAGCUAAUAAAUGAUUAAUGUAG